UCAAUGUACUUAAAAACUUUUCAAAAAAACUUAAAUUUAAGCAACAAAAAUAAUUUAAACGAGACGAAUAUAUUUUUCUCAUUUUUUAAAAAAUCUCCAUUGUUGACAGCGAAGAUGGCCAUGGCGCUCUCGUGACAGGGAUAAAAGAAAAAUACAGACCAAAAUACAAAAAAAGUCUCUGAAUUUUCUUAUUAUCCCACACUACUACAACCUUCAACUUCCUCAACAUCAACAACGGUUGUUCCAUUUUGAUUUUCUAGUCUCCCCUUUUUCCUAGGGGACCCUCUGCAAAAAUGCAUCAUUUUUGGCUGUCGUGGGGCUGUUGAUUUUAGCCCGAAAUCCAUAACCAAAACUUCAACCAUUAAUGCACGUUGUGCUUCAGUCCGCAAAUUUCUGUGACCCCAUUGUUUGUCCCAAAUGUGGUUGCUUUUGUUCAUGCUUUAUCUCCAUUAUCUGAGAAAAUCUGCCUUCUUUCAGCUUCAGUUUCAUGAUCUAAGCGUUUUAUGUAUGAUUCAACAAUACCCUUCCCAAAUUCAGCUGCUUUCAGAUCUGGGUUCCUGUAAAGAUAGAAAAGGAUCUUCUUUGUGGGAUUUAUCUGGCAAAAGCGAAUCUUUGGGGCAGUAUUGUUGAAAGUAUUUGGGUUUUUUUCAUCAAUGUGGUAUGUUUUGGAGAGUGUUUUGUGAUUGAUUGAUGGAUGUUUGUGGAUCGUUGCGCAAGCAGUCGCCAACUGAGACUCCGAGACCGCCGUCGGUUCUAGCUGAGAAGAACAAUGCUCUCAAUUCAGUAUCGAGCCGUCGGCCGAGGAUUAGAGAGGUUAGUUCAAGGUAUAAAUCUCCUUCUCAAUCAAUGGCUUCUAGUACUAGGCGUUGCCCAUCUCCUAAUCUUACAAGAACAAUACCUUCACAUACUCAAUUGGGCUCUAAAAGAGCCUUAUCGGCUGAGCGAAAACGCCCCUCAAGACCACCCUCACCGCCUAGUCCUUCAACACCUGUUCAUGAAUCAUCUGUAGAUAGUACACAAUUGUCAUCUAGAAAGUUAAGUGGUGGUGGUGGUGGUGGUGGUAGAUUACCUGAAAGUUUAUGGCCCUCUACAAUGAGGAGUCUUAGUGUAUCAUUUCAGUCGGACACAAUUUCUAUUCCUGUAAGUAAGAAGGAAAAACCUGUUACAAAUAUUGCCUUGGAUCGAACUUUGAGACCGCCUUUGAAUGUGGCUCAUAAGCACGGUGAAAUGCAUAGUGCUCUAUCUAGGAAGCCCACACCCGAGAGAAAGAGGAGUACUCUCAAAGGGAAGAAUGCACCUGUUCAAUCUGAGAAUUCUAAACCAGUUGAUAGUAUACAAACUAGAUUGAUAGAUCAACAGCGGUGGCCUAGCAGAAUUGGUGAGCAGGUAUCUGCCAAUUCAUUGGCUAAAAGUGUGGAUCCUGUGGAUGAUACUGUAAGAAAUUCAGGUACAUCAGGUCAGGGAAUUGGGAUACCUUCUUUGAGGAGAAGUUCUCUUGACAGUUUGACUAGACCUUUACAGAAAUCUUCUAGUGAUGCUACUUCAAGAUUGUUGACAUUUGAUGAAAUUAGUAGAGUAGGGUCUGUGCCAAAGCCAGUAGAUGACAGUUCACUGCGAGUAACCGGACCUUGCAAGCUUACUUCUUUAGGUUUAUCUGAGAGAUCAACAUCAGCAACUGCUGCAGUUAAAUCCCAGUCAUUGCCUUCUUCCAGAUCACAGCCUGCCUCACUAAGUAGGACCUCAGUGUUAUCAUCCGCUAGAGGUGUCAGUCCAUCUCGGGCAAGACCAUCAACUCCUCCAAGAGGCAUCAGUCCAUCUCGGAUAAGGUCAUCGACAACUUCUCAAUCCAGCAGUUCAGCUUCUGUGCUCAGUUUUAUUGCAGAUUUUAAAAGAGGGAAAAAGAGCACAAAUUAUAUAGAUGAUGCUCAUCAUCUUCGGUUGCUAUACAAUAGAUAUUUGCAGUGGCGAUUCAUAAAUGCUCGAGCAGAGACUGCACUUUAUGUUCAGAAAAUAGUGGCUGAGGAAACUUUUUAUAAUGUUUGGGACACUACUUUAAACCUCUGGGAUUCAGUGAUCAGUAAAAGAAUUAAUCUCCAGCAGCUGAAUCUGGAUCUUAAGUUAAAUGCAGUUUUGAACGAUCAAAUGGCAUACCUUGAUGAUUGGGCUUCAAUCGAAAGGGAUCAUAUUGGAUCUUUAGCCGGUGUUGUAGAAGAUUUGGAGGCAAGCACUUGCCGAGUUCCAAUAACUGGAGGAGCAAGGGCAGACAUUGAAUCUUUAAAGGCUGCUGUUUGCUCAGCUGUUGAUUUGAUGGAGUCAAUGGGAUCCUCCGAAUGUUCUCUACCAUCUAGGUUGGAGGGGAUGAACAGUUUGGUUUCUGAACUUCUUGUUGUAGCAGAACAAGGAAAAGCAAUGCUGGCUGAGUGUGAAGCUCUCUUAGCUUCAACCGCAGCUAUGCAGGUAGGGGAGUACAGCCUUAGGACUCAUCUUUUACAACAGAAACAAGCUUUGGAGAAGGGAUAUUGAUCAGAGCAGCCAUUCAUGGCCAUCAAAACAAAACUUCAAUGGCCCUAACCAACUGCUAUGAUGCUAACAAAUUUACUUCCAGAGGGAGGGAAAAUGCUCUUUGCUUGUGCACCAGUAAAUGUAAAUUUAUUAAUUUUUUUAAUUUAACCUUGUUGGAUUUUUUAAAUUUUUUUCUUUACCACACACAAGCAAUUGGCUCUGAUCUUCCUUAGGUGUAAUUUUUGUACCAGACAUAUGAACAGACAAAAUGCAAAGGAAUCAAAAAAGGGUGAAAAUUUCAAUGUAGAAAGAAGCAAAAGUUUCAUUGAGGAAGGAAAAAGCCUUAUUGAGUAAAUUCUGUUGUAUCUUCAUUUUCAUUUGUGUUUGCUUUAACAACUUUCCCUUUGUGGAUUGUCUAUGAGCCUUCCAAGCUCUCUCUCUCUCUCUGUAUAUAUAUAAAAACACUUUCGAUACUCGAAAGUGUUAAAUUAUAUCUUUAAUAGAAGAUAAUAAAAUUUCAAUUUAUUCAA